CGUGUGAAAGAGGGCGCACGCCGUCGGGAAUUUGCCCACAAUUUUAACUCAAUUCGAGGUCCUCAACAGCCUCAACUAGUAGUCGACAGUGUAAAAGUAAAUUAAAAUUGCAAUCAUGUUUAACGGAAGGGAAAAAUUGACCGUGUCGAAGGAGUCGGAAAUUAGGAUUCUCAGUCUUCAGAAGAACCUUAUCUCCCUCACCGAACAAUACAAGAUCAUCCUCCAGCAAAUCACACAACUUCCUCAGGGUCAAUCUCAACUGGGCUUAUCCCUCGAGCAAGAGUUGGACAGGCUACACUCACAAAUACGUUCGGUGGAUAGAUAUAUGAAACAUGAAAUCAAACUAGGGAGCAUAUCUCCAGAACAAUUGGCUCUUGGUCUCGGGAAACCUUCGCAACAAGGUGGGAGAAAAUUGUCAUCCUCACCAACUAAGAAAACAGAAGAAGAUUCCGUUCAUCCCUCAACUCUCGUGAAAAAGGAUGAUUUUCUUGAUGGUCUUGGUCUCAUGUCACAAGAAGCACUCCAGAUGAAGAAAUUGCAAAGUGGGAAGGUGGAGAGACGUCGACGCACAGCAAACACAAAUCCCAAGUACAGCUCAAAUGGAUUUUUGAAAUUUGACGACUUGUCAAUUAGAAGAUCAAAACGUCUUGAAGCAGUUUCCAACGAUGCUACAAGUUCUUCCAGUUCCUCCAAUUUCAUAUCAGCUACUCCUUCCUGCCCUCCACCUAUUGCAAUGCCAAUUCCAUCAUGUUUUGUUUGCUACGGAACUGAUUUUGACCUCUCCUGUGAAACAUGCACCACCAAAUUUCAUGCUGAAUGUAUCAGGGUUACGGCAAGUAAUGCUCCGACCCCUCAUCGAUUGCCCAUUUGUCCAAAGUGUGUUCAAGCUGCGAAUACUUCGCAAAGAGUCAGAAUCCAAACUAGAACUUCAAGGCCUCCUCCUUCCAUCAUGCAAAGUCCAGCCAAGGCCCCUGACGGUGAAAUUAAGCUUGAAGAUGAAGGAGCAGAUGAGGAAGACGACGAGGAGAAGGAAGGACACGAUAGUUUAUUCCAAUUGCCAACGACGACGACCAACUCUACUCGCAAUUCCAAAGUCAAACGCUCAAACUCUACUUCCGAUGUCGAAAGAUAUACUAGUGCAAACAAAAAUAACCAAUUUAGAAAUUUCGGAUCUUCCAGAAAACAGAUUGAAGCUGUUAGUCCAAAAGCAAAAAUGUACAAUGGAGGUGGCGGACAAGGCAAAGCUGUACGGAUUGCACGAGUUCGACUGAACAUGCGGAGGUCUUCUGACGAGCCAAAAACUCGAGCUACUGUAACAGUUUCAGCUCCAACAACCCCCGUCACUCGAAGUAGUAGAACAACCCCACAAUCUUCUCCACAACCGAAACAAUCGGCCAUUAGAUGGCAAAAUAAACUUAAACCCAGGAUGUUACGAACUUAUACACGAAGACGCCUUCCCGUUCUGAACGUAGCUAGUGAUGCCCACAUUUGCGUUGACACACCGUGUGAAUUUUGUCUUUUGCAUAAUGUGACAGAAACAAGAAAUCAUGGUAACAAGGAAGAUGAGGAAAAUGCCCUAUUGAUUUCGCACCAGUCUGUUGGAGCAGUAUGUCCAACAUUAAAGACGGAGAAAGUUGAUCAGCAAACUCCACUCGUGAUCAAAAACAACAACGACCUGUCGUACAACCCCUCUCCAAAUCAUGAUACUACUCUAGAUCCUCAGUACAAAGUUGUGAGAACAUCAAGAGCUACUUCUACGACAACAGAGACUACGACGACGACUACCACCACCGCGACUACGAACCACUGGCAGAAGACAUCUCGGAAAUCUGCUAGUAAACGUAAAGUAAAUUCCGCUGCUCCAAUCUCCCAAGAGCAAGAAGAAGAGCAACCCCAGCAACUACAAGAACAAAAUAACGCUUCCGCCAUAGUUUUAGACCCUUUAGAACAGCAAGUCAACGACAACGUUUCACCUUUAAGUCGUCCAAAAGCGAAACGUCGCGAGCGAUCCUCCAAAGCGAAAGCUGAACAUGCAAUUGUAGUUCGAAAAACAAUGAUUGCUAUGACUGCUGCUGCAGCUACUGUGAUGUCAAAUCCUAUUAAACCCUCCGAAGAAGAGGAAGGUCAAGGCGGUCAAGCACAAAAUACGGUAAUCGACCCUUUGGAAGUUGACACUAUUAAUCAGUCAAUUUCUUCAGUUAUCGCAUGGGCCAAAGCCUAUUACGAUACAAAUACAGAAGGUGAGAUACCUGAUGUUGCUGGAUUAGGUGAAGAAGAAACUCCUCCAAACCCCACCACCUCCCUACCGCCAACGUCCCCCUCCACUGCAACAUGUGAAAUCAAUGAAGAAGAAGAGAAACGAGAUUUUGACAAUGAAAAUGAGAAGGAAGAUGCAGAGUUCAGUCCAAUGAUGCCACCAGAUAAUUUAAGUAUAAAUGGGGAAGCAGAUUAUUUGACUUCUGAGGAUGGCAACAUGAGCGCUUCUUGUUCUAUGAAAGGACAACUUUCGGAUGAGGAUGACGAAUCGGAACCGCUUCUCUCCGUCGGAAACUCCCCCGCCCCCAGUUGGGCCGACGGAGACACAAUGAGUCGGAGUGAGCUGGUUGGAAAAAUGGUUGAAAAAAUGUUGCUCGUGGAGGACAACGUGAUGGACCAACAACAACAACAAGGACUUAAAAAUUCUCCAAUGGCUGAAUCGCGAUCUUAAUUACAGAAGAAUCCUUAUUACUAUUGUUACUAAUUAUAAUGAUAAUCCUUAAUCCCAUCAUUGUCUUCGUGCUUAUUUGUUACUCAACAAUUGGCGUUUCUAAUUGUGCUCAUACCUUGUUGUUAUCAAAGUCACAUAGAAGAAUGAAUAUACAGAAAUAGUAUACUUGAUGAAUAUUUUAUAUAUAAAUAUAGCGCAAAAUUAUACAUAAUUAAAAAAUGUUAUGUGAAAAGCAGUUAGAGAUCUCAUGUAAAUGUAUUUAAUAGUUUUGGAGCUAGGUUCCAAGUCAGUUUCAUAUCACGAUUCAAAUUUAUGUAAUACUUGAGUAAAACGGAGGGAGGAAGGAAGAGAGAGGCACAAUCUCUUUAACAAUCUGUGUUGGGUGAUAGUUGUUUAAGAAAAACAAAAUUACUUUGUGAAUCAGUCCUUAUAAAAUAUAACUUGUGUAGUUUCCUAUGUCAUGAAAAAUUGCAAUGUAUCGCAAAUUUAUUACUUAUUUUAUUGAAACGUAAUUUUCAGAAAUAAAAAAAUAUGUUCGAAAUAUUAAAAAAAA